AUGAUGGCAAAGUCUUCAACUGAGAUUGUGCUUGAUAUAAAACCUUAUGAUCAGACAACCAAUCUUGGCGAAUUAGCAGAAAAAGUGUUCAAAACUGUUUGCUUUGAAGGCUUGUCUUGAAAUAGUGACUAUACAAUAUCCCCAAUUGCUUUUGGGCUGAAAAAACUAGUAGUAAAGGGCACAAUAAGUGGCAAUUUAGUUAAUAUUGACGAUUUGAUGGAUGAAAUAAAUUAUAUGAAAGGAAGCGAUGAUAGCGAUAUUGUUCACUCAGUGGACUUAGCCUCGUUUAGAAGAAUUUAA